UCAUUAGAUAUUUCACCACUUCUUGCAAUUCUUGUAUAAUAUUUUAAUGUAUUUAAUAUAGAUUUCAAAAAAUGUAUGUUUUUUGGUGAACUGAUUGUCGAUUUCUUGUUGAGUGACUCGUCAUUGUAAUGAUAGGCCGCAUCACACGGGUUGGCCACGUAGUCCCUGUUUGCCGAACGCUUACCAAAUCGGGGAGGUUUUCUAAUUGUUUUGUCGAUGACAUUGAUUGUGGUAUCAAAAGAAAAUCACAAUAAUAUUUGCAAAGAUCCGUACAUUCAUUCGGCGGAUCGGUUGCCAAACGACACGAUUCGCAUCUAUCGCGACAAUUAUUAUUGGGAAUUGAUUGGUCUACCCGAUAGAGUGGCCUUACCUAAAGGUCCCUAUAAAAUAUUAUUUGAUUACAUGGGUCCGGUCACACAAACGAGUGCUAUUACGACUAUAGUGGGCGGAAAAUUCAAUGGCAAUGUAUUCAAAUUUGAUAAGACUCGGUAUUGGCAGUGGAAAGCCGAUGGCAGACAAGUCAUUGGCCAGAAAGAUGGCGUAGACAUGAGUAAAGGAAACUUUCCUCCCGAAGGAUUCAAUUGUGUUUUCAAUGACGGCUCUCUUGAUAAGCGAUGGCCCGGACCGCGGAUGAUAGCAUUUAACGGAAUAUAUGUGACCUAUUGGAACACCAAUUUUUUGCCGUUCAGACCAAUUGGUAAAACAAAUCCCGGAUAUAAAGGCGGCAAUUAUGGCGAAAAGUUUCCGCCAGACAUCACCGCUUGUGUAGCUUUUAAAAUGGACAACAAAAAGACACCGCUUUGGGUCUAUCUCUUCAAACGUGAUAAAUACUGCUUCCGACCCAUCACUGAUGCAAAAGAGUGUGAGUGGCGCGACAAUAGGGAACUCUUUAACUGCAAUUCUCAAACCAAUCAAAAUACUGAUAAAAAUGAUUAUCAAGAUAUCGAUACCAUACUUAUUCCGACACAAGAAACCAUCAAUUCAUUGAAUGGAUCGGACAAUCAGUCACCGAAAAAUGAAGGACAAGAGCAAACCAUAGCACAACCCGAAGAUAAUGUUAAUCCAAAUACAAAACCAGAGGAUAAUAUUACUACAAAUCCAAUACCAAAUCCUCAACCGGCAGAUAAUACAACUUCCGAUUUACAGCCGACUGAUAUUCCUAAUGGCACGUCCACUGAAGCACCCACUGAAGCGACAACUGUAGCUCUCACUGAAGCUACUACUGGAGCUAAUACUGAAGCUUCUACUGAAGCUUCUACUAAAACGUCGGGUGCUUUGUGUUUAUGUAACCAAAUGUGUUUGUCUUUCAUUGGUUUUGUUCUGAUAUUAAACGUAUUUCUUAAACAUUUUUAUUUUUAG